UUUAUUCAUUUUCCGACAGGGAACUAAGCCUGCAUCAUGCCGUCAGGGAACCUGCAGAUAGCCAACGCCACGCAGGACGACGAGGGGCCGUACAAGUGUGCCGCCUACAACCCCGUCACCCAGGAGGUCAAAACAUCCACCUCAACCGACCGCCUGCGCAUCCGCCGCUCCACCUCGGAAGCGGCUCGCAUCAUUUACCCGUCGGGGUCUCGCUCAAUCAUGGUGACCAAAGGCCAGCGGCUGGUGCUGGAGUGUGUGGCCAGUGGCAUCCCCGCUCCUCAGGUCGUAUGGGCGAAGGACGGGCGGGACCUGCGCUCCCGCAACAACACGCGCUUCCUGCUCAGCAACCUGCUGAUCGACGCGGCGGGCGAGGCCGACUCGGGCACCUACGUCUGUCGAGCGGACAACGGCGUGGGCGAGGCCAGCUCCGCGGUUUACGACGUACAAGUGUUUGAGCCUCCCCAGGUGACCGCGGUGCUGCUGCACCAGCAGGAGGUCGCGUACGGCGACGCGGUGCGCUUCACCUGCCAGGUCCGCGGGAAACCCGUCCCCUCGGUGAUGUGGCUUCACAACGCCCGUCCCCUGGCGCCGUCCCCCCGCCACCGCCCGUCCGCCCGGAUGCUGCGGGUCUCCAACGUGGGCCCUCAGGACGACGGGCUGUACCAGUGCAUGGCUGAGAACGGGGUGGGCAGCUCACAGGCUUCCGCUCGCCUGAUCACCGUAUCGACCGGGAUCUCGUCCAGGGGGAAGCUGCCCUCAAUCUAUCGGCCGCUCAGCCCGGACAAGGUGCUGAGAGAGCAGCCGCCGGUGAGGCCCGGGGCCGCGGGGGCCAUGCUGCCCCUCGACUGCUCCGAGGUGCCGGGACAGAUCCUGCCCGCGGAGGCCCCCAUCAUCCUGAGCCUGCCUCGCACAGGCAAGGCGGACUACUACGAGCUCACCUGGAGGCCGCGGCAUGAGCGAGGUGGCCCCGUGCUGGAGUACAUGGUCAAAUACAGAAAGGUGGGAGAUGCUCUGGCAGACUGGACCUCCAGCAGUAUCUCAGGGACCCUCCAAAAGCUGACUCUGGCUAAGCUGCAGCCAGACAGCCUGUAUGAGGUGGAGAUGGCCGGCAAAAACUGUGCAGGUUUGGGCCAACCUGCUAUGAUGACCUUCAGAACUGGCAAAGGUCGCAGAGGUUUAGGGCAAGUUGACCCACCGAAAACUCCCGCCGUUCCUUCGCCGAGCCUCUCUCCUCCAGAGGCCCCCGACAAGCCCACCGUCUCCACGGCAACGGAAACGUCUGCGUACGUGUCUUGGAUUCCCCGCGCUAACCGCGGCUUCCCCAUCCAGUCGUUUCGGGUGGAGUACAAGAAGGUGAAGAAGGCCGGCGAGGACUGGGUGACAGCGGUGGAAAACAUCCCCCCGUCGAGGCUCUCUGUGGAGAUCACGGACCUGGAGAAAGGCACGUCCUACAAGUUUCGCGUCGUGGCGGUGAACGUCAUCGGCUCCAGUCCUCCCAGCGCCCCGUCGAAGGCGUACACGGUGGUGGGCGGGAGAACCCACGAGCGGCCCGUCGACGGACCCUACAUCACCUACAACGAGGCCAUCAACGAGACCACCGUCAUCCUCAAAUGGACGUACACUGCAGUAAACAACACCCCCAUCUACGGUUUCUACAUCUACUACCGGCCGACGGACAGCGAUAACGACAGCGACUACAAGAAGGACGUGGUGGAGGGAGACAGAUACUGGCACUCGAUCACCGACCUCCAGCCGGAGACGGCUUACGACAUCAAGAUGCAGAGCUUCAACGAGAAGGGGGAGAGUGAAUUCGGCAACGUGGUGAUCCUCGAAACGAAAGCUCGUCCUAAUCACCAUCGGCCCACACCGUCGGAGACCCCGGAUUCCAGGUUCGAAAGCCCCAGCGGACUGGUGCCGCGGCCCGGCGACCUCCCCUACCUCAUAGUUGGCAUCGUCCUGGGAGCCUUCGUCUUCAUCAUCGUCGCCUUCAUCCCCUUCUGCCUUUGGCGGGCCUGGGCCAAGCAGAAGCAAACGGCCGACCUGUGCUUCCCCGCCGCGGCCGCCCCCGCGUCCUCGUGCCAGUACACCAUGGUCCCCCUCCAGGGACUGGCUCUGGUCGGUCACUGCCCUCUGGACGGCCGCGCACCGCCGCCGCGACACGGCGGCUACCCUGCUAACGGGGAAUACGACCCCAACAGGAAAGCUUGCCCCGCCACGCGCGGCCUGCCCGGGCGCCAGCAGGAGGAGGGGCACUGCAAUAUGGAGUGUGACACGUUGUUGCCCCAGACGAUGUCAAAUGGACAUCUGCCUGCUUACCACCAGUACUCGUCCAGUGGUGCAGAUCAUCACGAACAGAGCUGCUGUCCUCCUGACGACUCCACUCUGGAGCUCCUCGACAACUCCCAUCAGCACCUCUGUUCACGGGAAUUGGAAGGUGACGGCGACUUCUUUGAUGGCGAUGAGGUCGAGGACGGCUUCACUUACAAGCCGGCAUCCUACCCUCAUCUCUCUCUAGAAGACGAAGGGAUUUUCACCACUUCGUCUUCAGCAGCCUCGACGCCGCAAUCCGCUGACGUAAGAAUACAGGAAGUGAACAUCCUCCCGAGUGAGGGGUCCCCUGAGGACGGAGGGACCGCCAACACAAGAGACGCUUAAGAGACAGUUCCACAAACGGAAGAAAACAAGAGAAAAAAAUAUUUAUUUUUGUAUCACAGAUAUUUAUAUAUUUAAGCUUUUUGUACAUACUGAUUAUACUGUAUAUUAGUUUAUUUUCACAUUGGAAAAGAAUCUCGCUGAGCUGUCUGCAUUUCCCGGGGAGGACAAAUGGACACGAGACGUUGUUCCUUGUGUGAAGAAGACGACGACCAGUCGAGGGACCUUAAGCCUGCAGUUCAGCACUUCAUCACUAGACCUUCCUCACUCCCUGAAUUGAAUCACCGGUACUUUGCUCCAUGUACAACAAACAAAGGGACCGUUGCUGCAGUCGUGAGCCGCUUCUUUGCUGUUUAGUUCUGUUGCUUCUGUUACAUAUUCACAACCGUCACUUUGUAUAGCAAUAACACAAAUGUAUUAUGGAUUGCUCAUUAACAAUAUAUUAACACGUGUAUGCACCAUAAAUCAUUUUCUGUAGCGUACAAGAGAUUAUAUAUUGUAUAGUUAUUUAUUUUUAUGUUUUUUUUUUUUUUUUACCACUGAAUGGGAGAUUCUGGAAAAACUGUCUUAAACUCAAGUCAUUGAUAAGCUGAACUUCACACUGCAACCACUUCUGUGUUUACUCAUUUGCUGGUUACCAAAUGCCUGCCAGGUGAAGGUCGCUGUGACGUGCGUCAGUAUUACUCCUCCACCACCGGUCGGUGCAUCAAGUAUUAGUCUUUGCCAGAGACGUCUGCAGUCAGAAUGAAGGAGAUCCUGAAUCUCCACCCCCCCCCCCCCCUCUCAGUGUGGCUGUUGUGUGGUUGCACAUGCUGGAGCACUAUUGCUUGUAAAUAAAAGCCUAUGAAAUUG